AUGGCAAUAGUUAAUCCCAACUCUCGCCGGAAAUCUGAAGACCACAGAGUGUCAGGUUAGAAGUUGAUCGCAGAUGUUUGGUGGGUUUCCAUCACUUGGGGCUCUUUCAUAUUUGAAUUGUUGGUGAGGUUGUCGUUUGCUGAAUUUUAAGUAGGUUUUGUGGAAAUUUGGAUGGGAUUUAUGGUGGGUUUUUGUUGAGAUAUGGAUGGGAUUUUUGGUGGAUUUUUUCCUGAAAUUUGGAUGGGAUGCUCAGAAGAAGCCUAGAAAUCGUUUAGGCUGAGAAGAAGCAUAGAAAUCAAAGCAAGUUAUUUUCUUUUUUUAAUUAUAAAGGAGCUUGGUUAAGAAGCAUGGAUUUUAGGCUCUGAGAAGAAGCAUGGAGAUUGCAGCGAUUUAAGUCUGAAAAACAAGAAAAUUCAGCAAGAUUCUCUUCUUUUUUUUUGAAAGAGUUAAAAGAAGCUAUUCGAUUGUUUUGAGUUAAGACUGACAAACAAGAUAAUUAAGCAAGUUAAAGAAGCCUGGUUAUUUGGGUUUUUUGAGUAAUGGGGUCUUUUUGUUGCUGCUUUGGAAGAGGUGGCUGCUUCGGAGGAGGUGACGAAAGCAGCUACCCUGAUGUGUCAACUGCUACUUUGGGAGCUACUUUGGGAGGCUUCUCUUCCCUUCAAUUUCGAGAAUCAACAAGCUCAACACUGUCUUCUCAAGCAGCAGUGAAUCAGCUCAUACCACCUAGCAGAGAUUUUCAGCCCAUGCAAAGAAGAAGAAGGAAGUCACAGAUAAAUGACACUAAUGAAGCUAGGGUGGCAGAAAAUACUGGUAUGGAAGCUCCUCUAGGAGUUGACUCGUUUCAGGUUCUCAAAGUUCAAGGAGAUAAGAAUUCAUUGGGAGAUGGCAAAUUUCAACAUCAUAAUGCAUGCAAAGAACCAAGGAAAAUCAAUGCACUUUUGCUGGCAGAUGAGGAUGAGGACUGCUGCCCUACCUGCCUUGAAGGCUAUAAUGCAGAUAAUCCCAAGAUUAUGACCAAAUGCAAGCACCAUUAUCACCUUUCCUGCAUAUAUGAAUGGAUGGAGAGAAGCAAUACAUGCCCCUUAUGUGAACAGGUAAUGGAAUUCAAUGAGACAUCUUGACACAUAGGAUGAGCAAACAAGGCGAAGCUUGAGCUUGGCAAAGGACAGGAGGGAUUCACCUUCGAGUGCUCUCGAACCUUUUUUUGGUUUCUGUGAAAGCAUCGCAUUCACUCCAUCAUGGAGAAGACCCAAAUUUUGUUAAAUGCUUGCGAGGAGAAACUCAGGUCGUUGUGCAGGAAGAGUGUGUCAUUUUCUUUUUGGUUUUUUAUUUCUUCUUCUUUUAUGUUGUUUUCUCUUUCCUUCUUGAUUGAUGAUCAUGCAACAUUCUAAUCCAGGUCCUUGUGAAGGAAGAGAGUGUCAUUUUCUUUUUGGUUUCUUAUUUCUUCUUCUUUUAUGUUGUUUUCUCUUUCCUUCUUGAUUGAUGAUCAUGCAACAUUUUAAUGUGUGCAAGUUAUUUUUGUUCUGGGUUCAUGUAGUACUGCAAAAUUUUAAAGACUGAAAUGUAUGCAAUGGAAAAUAUCCUUUUGAGAA